CUACGGAUGUUAUUAAACCCGAUUAACGUUGCCGUGUAAUGGCACUCACUGUGUUUACAUUUGCUGUCAAUUUCUUCCUGGUUUUGGCAUAAAAAUACAUAAGUACAUAUGGACACUGUCAACUUGCAAUUAGGCAAGAGGAGGAGUCUUGAGAUUGGACGCAGAGAGGAAUUACAGGCACGAUUUCGACUGGAUUCCAAUUCUGCCGAAUUUUUUAUUAUCUGAUGGAGUUGCGUCCUUUCGAUGGUCGUUGCAAGCGCUGAACAUCUACAGUUCACGUCAACAUCAGAGGACUUGAUUACAUGUAUCGGUACAACUUGCGAAUUGCAUGCUUUGACAUAGACAACAGUUGCGACGAUGGGUUAUUGCAUCGUAAGUGGUUGCAGCAAUCGCAGUAGUAACAAGAGGAAAAAUUGGGAACAGUUGGAGAAAGAAAAUAAUCAUAACAAAUUUUCUUUUCACCUAUUUCCCAAAGAUCCUGACAAAUGUAACAAGUGGCUGGAAGCGUUAGGCUUGAAAAAUUGGUACCCUUGUAAAACAGCGGCAGUUUGCUCCGCACAUUUCAAAGAAGAAGAUUACGAGCCAAAUCUUGCGUUAAAAAGAUUGAAGAAAGAUGCUGUUCCAUAUUUGCCUACAAAGGAAGCUUUAGGAAAAACAGAAAGUAUCAUACAGCAUAAAGCUCCUAUUGAAAAAAGCUUGGCAACUGUCAAAGUUGGAACUGGCAACAAGGAAAUCUUGAUCUCAACGGAUGAAAUCGCAAAUACUCACGAUAUCACGUUACAAAAUGCCUCUAACACGGUGCACCGGCCGACAAGUAUUCUUCCCGAAAGAAUAUCCAAUUCUUCUAGCAACGCUCCAUUAGAAAAAACUUACAUGAAAGAUCUGCAAUUGUUGAGAAGAAAAUUGUACGACACAACGUACAGUGAGAGGAAAGCUAAGAAAGAAGUUUAUAGGUUAAGAAUAACUUUAAAGGAAUUAAAGAAGCGUGACUUAAUCCCAAUGAAUAAUUGUGACUUUCUACAGCUUUUGAGCGACUGCAUAAAAGAAUUGCUGAAAUGUGAGCUGAGAAAGCACAAAUGCUUACCGGUAUACUUGAAGAUCAAUUGAAGAACAAGAUGUACCCAUUUAUUCUUUUCUAUCGUAUACAGACGCACAGUCGUAAGCAUUUUUACUGCGUCAUGUAUUCAUAUAUCAGUUUUGAUUACUAUAUUCAGUACAAACGUACCAGGAAAUAAUUUGUAAUUUCUAAGUAACGUAGAGUUUUUUUUAUGCAAGAAGCAAUUAUCAAUAUUUUCCAUGCGCAUAUUCUUUUUCAAAUUCGACCUUACAAUUUUCUGAAAGCUCCAAAAAUCAAGAGCUAUCUCCUAGAAUCAAAAUAUAAUUCACAGAGUCAUAGGUUGAUGCUGUAGGUACACGAUAAUAAUCCUUGUGCUUAUUUGCGCAGGAAGGGAACCCAUCCCUUGACACAAGCUCCUCUUUCAUGCAUUAACAAAAAAA